AUGAUUUAAAUUUGUACUUUAUAAAAUUAUUUUUGCUGCAGUAAUUUCAUAUAUAUUAUAUACUAUAUAAAAAUUCUGUUAUAGCGUUUUUAUAUAUAUAUAAAUUUUUCUUUAAUUCCACUAAUUGAAAAAGCACUAGAAAUUACGUAUGUAUAUUAAUGAACUUAGCAACUAAAAAAGCAUCAAAAUAUGUAUUAUAGAAAUAGAAAAGUACGAAUAAUUUAAAAAUUUUGAUUUAAUUGAAAAUAUUACAUUGUUUUUUCUAAAACAAUUAUAAUUAACAUAAUUUAAUUAAACAAAAAUCGCCAAAAAUUGUUAUCCAAAGUAACAACAUGUCUAAAACAAAGCAAAACUUAAUGAACAAUGAACAAUAUUUUACGUGUUUUUGUAAAAAAUAUACGGAUAACACAAGAAAUUUGGUGUUAAAAGGAAGGGAUUUAAUUAUCAUGAAAGGCAAACAACUAGAAGAUUCGGAUAUAAAGUUUUUAUUAAUAUUUCUUAAACAAAAUCAAGAUAUUGUAUCCCUUAACUUAGCAUACAACCAAAUUACAUGUAUUGGUUUCAAAAAUUUGAUUACUUACUUACUUAUAUAUAAAAAUAUAUACAAGUUGAAUGUUCAAAAUAAUAACAUAAUGGAAGCAGGAAUUGAUUAUAUGUGUGAAAUAGGACAAAAUUUACACAUCAAGAGUCUUCAAUUAAGUGGGAAUAAGUUUGGCGUUGAAUCUUCCAAAAAAAUAGCAUUACUAUUAUUGAAAAAUCCAUACUUAGAAUAUUUGGAUAUAGCAGAAGUAGAUCAAACUAUUUCAAGUUUAAUAUAUUUUACAACAGUUAUGAGACUAGAUCAACCUAUAUACAAUAAAACUUUAAAAAUUUUGGACAUCAGUCGUCCAAAUCCAGGAUGUAUGUAUUUUUUUAAUGCAGAACAAUUUGCAACUCUAAUCGGACAUAUGUUAAGAAAUAAUACUUGUUUGCUUGGAUUGCACUUACAAAAAUGUGGUUUUGAUUGCCAUGACAUUGAAUGUAUGAUGAUGAAUGCACAAUAUAAUUACACAUUACAUUUCCUUGAUCUUGCUUGUAACAAUAUAGGAGAUCAUGGAAUGCAUCAUCUUGCUAAUUGGCUUAUAAAAUCUUCUGCUUUAUGUGGCCUUAUUUUAAGCAAAAAUAUUAUAACUGAUCAUGGUGCAAGGAUAUUAAGUCAUACUAUACCAUUUUCCAAGCUCAAGUUUUUAGAUAUUUCAUUUAAUAAAAUAACUGACGAUGGUAUGGUAAAUAUUUUAAAUUCUUUAAAAAAGAUUUCACUCAUAAAAAGCUUGCGAAUAUUCGGAAACUUUCUUAGUCAUAUAACUGCUAAGACUAUAAAGAGAAUAUUAUUAUCAAAAGUUUUAUAUCAAACAAAUCUUGAUGUCAAGCCUUAUAGAGUAGAAGAUAAAUGGUACUGUGCUCAAUAUCCAAUGGACUACUCUAAAGAACAUUUUUAUGAUAUGAUUGAAUCUUCCACAAAGUAUAAUAACAAAGCAGAAACUUUUUCUAACAUAUACAAUUUCAAUGAAACAAGUAAAAUGAAAAAAAGAUUAUAGAAUUAGAG